CUUGACUACAAGAGCCAAGCACUUUUUGUGGAGGAUUGAUCGAAUCCUUUACUGUUCUUUGCGGAGUAGAACGUGAAACUACCUUGAUCAUAUAUUUGUUUGCAAUCAUGGCUCUGACAAGAGAAUAUAAAACCUGAGUGACAUAACACCGUACCAUAAAACCCAAAGGAACGCAGAACCGAGAACACCACGAGUCCAAGGCACAAGACCGCGUUCAACAUGGAGAAGCUUACAUGUUUAGUGAUAUUUGCCGCCUUAUUUGCAAUCACAUGUUCUUUUCCAAGCGACGAUAGAGAUUUGAUAAAGAGUGAAUGGAUGCAAGAAGCACGAGAUAAUAUACAAGAAAAGGAAGACGAGCUUGAAACUCGUAAUGAAAUGCCUUGUUCCGAAGAGCUCGGACUUUUGAAACAUUAUCACAUCAACUUGAAAUCCGUUCCAUGUAGUACAACGACCAAGAAACGCGCCACGAACUUGCUCGCACGAGAGUUUAAAAAGCAAGAAUUUGACUUCGAAAGGCAACGUAAUGGUUAUGUCCGUGAUUUUAACUCUUGCUGCAGCCCAGAGUGCGACUGGUUGCUGGAUUACCUGGAAAUCGACUCCACCGUGGUGAAAUGUCUGGACCGCAAAUAAAUCCUUCCUUCAGUUUCUCCUUGAACACAGAAAUUUCAGAUAAUAUAAAAAUAACUACAGAACAAACAAUGACAAGAAACCUCGCAGUUUAAUAAUAUCACUAGUAAGAAUGUUCAGUCGCACGAUGAGGGUUUAAGCUAUGAUAGUCGGAAGUAUAAUUUAUUAAUUAAAAAAAUCAAUGUCAUGCUGUACAAAGAUAUCACGCCAGAAUGAAUAAAAUUCACGAUUAACUGA